AUGGCAGAAAUGGUAAGAAAACCAAGAGUACUGGAAAAAGCACAAGAAGAAGUGAGACAAGUCUGGAACGAGAGAGGAUAUAUUGAUGAAUCGGUUGUAGAAGAACUGGAAUAUCUUAAAGCAGUCAUUAAAGAAACUUUAAGGCUACAUCCUCCAGCCCCUCUUUUGUCUCCAAGAGAAUGCACACAGCCCUGUGAGAUCAAUGGCCACACAAUACGAGAGAAAACCCAAGUGUUUGUGAAUGUUUGGGCCAUUGAGAGAGACCCUAACUAUUGGACUUCUUCUUCUUCAUCAUCUUCAUAUUCUGCAGAAGAGUUUGCUCCUGAAAGAUUCAUGAACAGUUCUGUGGAUUACAGAGGAUCGAACUUUGAGUAUAUUCCAUUUGGUGCUGGCAAAAGGGGUUGUCCUGGGAUGUUAUAUGGCCCUGCCAUUGGAGAGAUUCUUCUGGCCAACUUGUUGUGUUAUUUUGAUUGGGAACUUCCCUCUGGGAUCACUCCAGAAACCCUAGAUAUGACUGAACUCAUGGGCUCAACUAUUAAAAAGAAAGACAAUCUCAUCCUCGUCCCCACUCCUCAUCAUAUAUAA